GAGAAGAAUAAGAAGAUAAAGAGUAAAGCUCUGUGUCCGGUGGAUUCCGCAGUGACCGGAGGCAACAGACCGCGAUCCAUGGGCCGUGCCAACGGAGUGGGCGCUGAGGAGUGCGACCAUCUCGUCGGAAAAGACGUCCUCCUGGGAAUGGCUGGGUCGAAACCCACCAAAGCUUCUCCUCGCUCCGCUUCCGACUCGUCGAUGGUGGCCAGCUGCGACAGCGGGACUCCUCUGUCUUUACGCCCUGUCUUCGAGCUCCCCCCUUCCGAGGAGGAGACCGAGGCGGCGUUAUCCAUCCUUAAGCAAGUAUUUGUUCUGGGGACAUUUGUUCAUGCUUCUGAAAUUGGACCUUCUUUGGACAAGAAAGCUGUGAAUAAUGUAUCAAUUUCAUCUGAAAUGACAAGCAAACUUGCUGAAAAGGAAUCCGAUAGGCAUGCACUACAGCUUCAUGUCGAGAAGGCAAUGCAGCUUAGCAGUCUAAAAGAAUUCUACUCUCAAGGACAACAAAAAAUUCUCAAUUUAUUCAAUUUAUUACAGACAAAUCCUGAUCUCCGGAGGAUUGUUGUAUCCUUGUCAACUGAUAAAGCUAUCUGGGAGGCAAUUAUGAAAAAUGCAGCAGUUGAAGACCUGAAGGAAUCUUUCUUCUCAGGUUGUAAAGUAGAAGUCGGAAGCAUCCAAUACGAUCUCUUGAAUGGAGUCGGCGACAUUGCUACAAUAAUUGUGAGGUGGAUCUUGGAUAACAUCAAAACAAAAGUUAUGGGACUUAUUGAUAAGAUUACUCAUCUCGUGGUUGAGCUCUUUCAUUGCGUGGAAACAGAAAGAAGCAUGCAUAUCUUGGAUGACGUACUAAGAUCUUUGUUUAUGUUGUCUCUCAUGGCAACUAUUGUGGUCGUCAUUAAACGUAUACACAGCACCAAUGCUCAUUGAACAAUAGUUUGGACAUGGGUUGCACAUGGAUUAAGUCCGUCUUAUGUGCAGACAGAUGAUUAAAAUGUGUAAGUAAAACUGCUUUGUAAGCCUUUGUGGACUGUUUGAUAUUAUUGAGCAUGGAUGUCUACUGGUCCACGAAAACAAACAAAUUGCCAUCAGGCAAUAUGUGGAGGGCAUCCAGCAUCUGUUUGUAUCUACUUUUAUAUUCAUGCUUUCAAGCACGUUAGUGAUGGAAAUGUAUGAGCUCAAAUAGUUUGUGUCC